AUGAGUGGCAAACAAGCCUAUGGCUCGCCGGAUGAACCACGGAGCGCCGAGUACGCCGAGCUGCGCAAUAGACCGCUCUCAGAGCGGUCGGCGGCCGACACCGAGGCGGCGCACGAGCUCCUCUCCCUCGCACACAGCCUGCCCCCCCUCCCCCCCGCUGUCGUCACCGUCCUCCACCCGCCCGAGCCCGCGCCCCUCGUCCCUCUCUACACCUACACCAUCCAGCCCACCAACAUCUACAUCCUUUCCGAGGAGCCGCCCGAGCCGAUCUUUCAUACUGUCCAAACUGUCACACCGUUGCAACCAGUCGAGUACACCGUCGAGCCACAGGUCAACUACGUCGCGUAUCAACAGCUACCUCCUGAACAAUUCCAACCGCAAAACGAAUACAAACAAACCGUUUACAAAGAACCCGAGUAUGGAGAACCGGAGCCGCAGCCGCAGGACAUCGAAACGGAUCAGGAAACGGAGCUCGUCGUCGCCGACGAACCCGAAGUGGAGGGUUUGCCACCGACGAAAGAGAAGACGGGAAAAUAUGACUGCAACGAAUGCGGGAAGAGGUACGCUACCUCAUCCAAUCUUUCGCGCCACAAGCAGACGCAUCGCAGUUUGGACUCGCAGGCGGCGAAGCGCUGCGGCGAAUGCGGGAAAGCUUACGUUUCGAUGCCUGCGCUUGCAAUGCACGUGCUCACUCAUCGUAUGGGCCACGUGUGCGGCGUAUGUGGCAAACAGUUUUCCCGGCCGUGGCUGCUGCGUGGCCACCUGCGCUCCCACACCGGAGAGAAACCUUACAGCUGCGCCUCCUGCGGAAAGGCCUUCGCAGACCGGUCCAACCUGCGCGCACACCUGCAGACACACUCUUCAGACAAGAAAUACGAGUGUCCGCGUUGCCAGAAAACGUUCGCGCUCAAGAGCUACCUGAACAAGCACCAAGAAUCGGCGUGCGUGCGCUCUGACGACGAGUAAUGCGCCUCCGAAACGAUUGCAACGAACGAUUUCUCUAUGAACUUCUUUACACCUUUAUAUAUGACGAGAUUUUUUUAUAGUAUAGGAUCUCGUUAUAUCGACGGCGUUGGAAAUAAUAAGCAAUAAUAAUGUACCUAAUUAUAUAGUUAUGGCUCUUACCAUAAUUAUUAAAAGGAUAAAAAAAACAAAUUAAAAAUAAUAAAUCGUAUUUUUUCAAUUAUAAGACCCGCAUCGACGGAUGUAAUCAAGUCAAUUUAUGGCAAGAGCCUGCAAUGUUGAAGCGUAGCUUAAUGUUUUAUUUAGUAUAAUUAGGUAAGUUAGCGUCGCACGUGCGGUGUGUGACGAUAUUAGAUAGUAGUUACGGUGAUACGUAGAGACUUAUUGAAACCGUCGAGCUGUGGUACAAAGAGAGCAAUAAAGUAACGAGUGUAGAGUGACAGUGAUAGUAGCACGAGUAGCGUGCGACGCGUAGUGUAAGCGUUUAGCAAACAACCACAAAUCGAAAGUGGUGGUCGGUGCAGCCAGUUUUUAUCAAAGAGGAGUGAAUAAAGUGUUUCUCAGCAGUCAAAUUAUACAGUCUCUAUAGCUGCACUCUCCAGCACCUAAAGGCGGUUUUGCUCGUGUUACGCCAUGCGGAUAGUGCGGGAGACGAUUUAGCCACUUGCGCAGUGGCAGCAUCGCAGAUCUGCAUAAUUAAUCUGCGUGUUGUCCCGUGUCUUAUAUCCAAACAAAAAAAGACUUGUUGUUUGUUAACUUCUUACUUUUGAACAAUAAAGAACUUACUCUGGGUUGACGUUAAAAACGCAGACCCACGCACUCUCUCGUGGUGAGUAGCAAAACCAAAACCGUCAGUUUGAUUGUAAGUAGCAGCCCGAGAGGACCAAACUGUUGCUCGGGCGCUGCAAUUUGCGCGCAUCUGUCGGCUACUGCGCUUCACACACACCGUUCAUGGGAAAGGGACGAUUCAUAGAAGUUAAACCAAUCCGUUUAAGUACCCACAAAAAACGUCGUAGUUACUUAUGAAUCAAUAAAUAUUUAUAAACAUAAUUAUUCACACUUCAUUACAUAGGAAUUUGCAAAGAGUUUUUUUUAUAUGCAAAGAAAAUUAUUUUUACAUUACAUUUUACAAGAAAAUAUCGGACAAACUAUCAAGCUGGAUCUAGCCAGAUAAUCCGAACUGAUCUUUUUCAAGUACAUUUUCCAUAAGAUACAAUAAGUAGUUUAACAGUCUAACGCUUAAUAUAUGAAUAAAAUAAAAAUAGAGGUUUUUUUAUUGUAAGGGUCCGAUAUUCCAAGCCUUGUUAGAUAAGAUUCACAAUUAGCUUCCAACACCAAUUUCAAGUAUCGCAGUGUAUAUUAGUAAAAUAAAUUACAGGUUUUAUACAUUUUAGAUAUAUCGAGAACAAGCACAUUCAUAGGAAAAACGCUUUGUUAAGACUAGAUACUGGGAUCAAUGUGUGCGUUGAACACUAAUAAAUUACCUAGCUAAUAAAAAGAGGCUACUUUCCUCUUCCACAACGGUUGUGUCGCGUAGUAGCUCGGAAUACUAGGGCGGCGGCCGCGGUGCGUUCUUUAUUAU